CACAGACUAACCUGUGAUUUCAAAGGUAAAAGAACCCACCAGAGCAGGCCUUUGGAAUGGAGUUUGGCUGUAGAUACAUUUAUGUAGAUGAUUCCAGAGGUGAUAAUAAUGUGCAGCUAGAAAGCCACCUGUCUCCAGUACCAGUGUCCCAGAAUGAUGCCGUCCUUAGCCCAAGUUUUUAUGACCAUUUCCAUCCUGAAGAGAAACCCAGAAAUGAUGCAGAAGUUGAUGGGUUACAACAUUGCACUGUCUCCCCGGAAUCUAAUGUAUGCCAGGACUUGCAGCCAAUAUCUCCUGCACAGUUAGAAGAUCAGAAGACACCUCCUCCUGUUCCACAAAGAAGGAAAAAAUCCACAGUGUCCGCACCUCCUGAUCCCAAUCAGCCACACUGCAGACUCCCUCCAGAACCUAAUACACACAUGGGCUUGCGACCAAAAUCUCCUGUGCAGUUACAUGGCCAGAAGUCACCUCCUCCUAUUCCCGCUCGCAGACAAAUGGCUACAAAAACAGGUGGGACUGAUACUGAAACACAUGCAUAUGAGUAUGCCACCUGUGAAGACACAAUCCCUGAUGGUGGGACUGAUACUGAAACACAUGCAUAUGAGUAUGCCACCUGUGAAGACACAAUCCCUGAUGAAAUGCCAAGUACGUUCUCACCUAGUAACAUACAUCAUGCCACCAGUGAAGGCCAAACUGAGCAACCAACAAUGAUCAUCAGUCCUACAACAGAAAACAGCCGGCCGCCUAUUCCAGACCGCACCAAGAAACCUUCAAUAUAUAAACCAUCUGUUGUGACUGAGCCUGAAACACAUGCGUAUGAGUAUGCCACCUGUGAGGACUCAAGCCCUGAUGGAACAAUUCAAAAAGACCACUGUUGUGUGGCUUGGCCAUCUUCAGAUGUCACAGGCCUGGAGCCAACUGUUCAACAUUGCAUGAAAAUGCCUCCAACACAUCAGAUAUCAGGUGUGACUGAGCCUGAAACGCAUUCAUAUGACUAUGCCACCUGUGAUGACUUAAACCCUAAUGACCUGCCCCAUGGUGAAAGCAUGGCACCUAAUGACCAUAAUUACUUGGUAGUUCUGCCGGCUGUAUCCACAGAAAUGGAAAUGCAGACGACAUCAGUGAACCUUCGAGACCAUCCAAUGGCAACCUCACCUGUACCACCUGCUGAAAGGUUGCCAGCCAACUGCAACAUACUGCUUCUGAACAUAGGAAAGAUGGUUGAAGACUCUGAUACUGAUAUCAGAGCAUCCCCACUGCUGUGCAGUGGCUGCUCUGCCAGCUGCUCGAAGCUCAAUCAUGUAGAUGAUACCAAGACAUGGACUUGUGUUUUCUGUGCUGCUACAAACCACUUGUCCGAUGAUAGCAUAUUCAUGAGUAGAGAAGAAGGAGACGAACUCUACGCUGCAGACUCCCAGUCUUGGAAUGAAUAUUCAUUUGUUGACCAUGACCAAAGCAUGAUCAUAUUUUGCAUUGAUAUAUCAGGAAGCAUGAGUGUGACCACAGAGGUGACACAAGACCAGAGCAAUGAUUAUAAUAUAAUGUACAAAUCAAGAAUGGAGGCUGUCAAAUCUGCAUUGGAUCAAACUCUGGAUUUUCUGCAUGAGCAGAAUUCUAAAAAGAGAGUAGCACUUGUAACGUUCAGUGACCAGGUGAAGCUAUAUGGUGAUGGCACUAUACAGCCACUGGUGCUGCAUGGAGAUGAACUGUUAGAUCCAGAUCAUUUGAAAGCACGAGGUGAAGACCAACCCAUGCCAGACCCACUAGUAAAUACUCUGCAUGCCCUGAAAGGAAUAAUUCAAUGCCUGAAACAAAAUGGAGCUACAGCACUGGGACCUGCAGCUCUGGUUUCAAUAGCAAUGGCUUCCAAGAGUCCAGGAUCGAAGGUGAUUAUCUGCACAGAUGGCAGAGCUAACACUGACCUAGGCAACCUGGAGGAUAUUUCAGAGGAGAAUGUCUACCAGUCCUCCAAGCUUUUCUAUAGUAAUUUGGGAGACUUGGCUCUUCAGCACAGUGUGGUUGUUUCUGUGGUGACGAUAGAAGGAACUAACUGCCGAUUGCCUGAGUUGGGACAACUUGCGGAUAAAACAGGAGGCAAGGUGAAUAUUGUACAUCCAUUUAAGUUGGCUAAUGAGUUUCAGUCAAUCAUGGAGGAAGAAAUAAUUGCUACUGAUGUGAAAUUAAAAGUUUUUCUGCCUAAAACAAUGUACUUCCUCUAUGAGGGAAAUAAUGAGUCUUUGUUGGAAAGGACAUUCGGCAGUGUAACGGCUGACACUGUUUUGUCCACAGAAUUUGAUAUUCAUUCAUCCAAGAUUAAAGAAGUGCUUCGCUACUCCCAGCUACCAAUACAACUACACUUAACUUAUACACUCCCAGAUGGAAGGAGUAGAUGGCGGAUCCUCAGCCAGAAAAGGCCAGUCACCAAUGAUGGUACUACUGCUCUGGAGUCCAUUGACCUGAACGUUCUGCAGAUCCACAGUGUUCAGUUCAGCGCUCGUCUUGCAAUGGAAGGACAUGUGAAUGAAGCCAGGACUGUGGCCCUGGAGUUAAAAGAAUUAAUAGACUUAGUAAUGAGACACGAGAAGUAUGAGCCUCAUGGUGUUGUAUAUGAAGAAUGGGAGAACUCUAUGGCUCCUAUCUAUGAAGAUCUACAGCAGUUUAUGAAGGAGAACUUGUCAAAGAAAACUGGGCAGGAUAGCCACAUAGAAACUCCUGUAGUGAAGACUUUUUCAGAUGAAAUGGCAAAAAUGAUAUUUCACAUGAAGAGAGCCAAGAAGAAAGUGUUGAGUAAAUUAAGAAACUAGAGAGAAUGAAAAGGACAGUGAUCUCCAAUAACAUAUCGAGAGGUUUUUCAGCAAUGUGAAAGAACAGGACACCUGGAUGUAUAUACUGUAUAUGUGGCGAAACCAACCUCACCACUGGGUUUUGGAGAGGCCUGUUUACCAGCCUCUUGCCUCAGGAUUACGGCCCUUUAAGAUACUUUUACUAACUUUUAAA